AUGCCUCCUAGGUUAAGAAAACAUGAAUCUGGACAUGAAAAACGUAAAAAGAGAAAAAGACUCGAAGAACUCAUUAAGUCUCAGAGUGAAGCUCUAAAUAAGUUUAUUCAAAGAGAACCACAAGUUUUUUCUCGAGAUCAAAAUGUUGUUAAUGAUCAUGUUAAUGAUGUUGAUGUACAUGGCGAAGAUGUUGAUGAUGCUAAUAAUGCUAAUGUCGAUGAUGGCGAUAUUGAUGGUGAAGGUGCGAAUGAUGUUAAUAAUGACCAUGUUGAUGAUGCUAAUGUUGAUGUUACUCAUAUUGAUAUAUUUGAUCCAAGACGUUGGGAUGAUCUUAGUUCUGACAUGAUUAAGGUUCUGGUAUCAAAGGGUCCUAAAAGAGAUAUGUCAUUUGAGAAGGGUCCUAAAGAUAAAUUUUCAAAACGAUUUUCUGCCGCUUUAUAUACUAGAAUCCUCCCAAACAAUGAGAAUGUGGAUAGAGAAUGA